GAGUCGGGGCGCGUGGUUGUUCAAAUUCUCCAACCCCUCCUCUCUCUCUCUCUCUCUCUUUCUCGAUCGUUUCCUACUAAUAAUUUCACACCAUUUACCCUGCGAUCUAGGGUUUUUCGUUUCGAAUCGCUUCUCUGAUUCCGAAAAUUUUUAGUUUUUUUUUUUUUUUUUUUUUGGGUUCUUCGGUUUGGGAAAUUUAGAGCGAACUUGGGCCUUUGAUUUGUGGCGGAGAUGGAGCAGCUCAACUCGAAGCUAUACGAGAAGUACAAGAAUUUGAAGAAGAGGAAGUUGUUUGAAGAGGAAUGGGACCAAAAAAGAGAUGCUGAGAUAAGAAAUUACCAACUGGCUACGGAGGACUUGAUUGAAGAACUGAAGAAGGAAAAUGAGCGUCUGUAUGGGGAGCUAUCUUCGUUGCAGGAGCAAUGUGCUGAAACUGAAAAGAUUUUGCUUGAGGAGAGUCGUAAAACAAAAGAGCUUUCCAGUGAAGUUGGGAGGCUUCAGAUUUUGUUGUCGCAGAAGAAGGAUACCAACGACAGCACACUGAUAAGAUCUCUUAAUAUAACCCCUGAAGCAAGGUCAAAGAAAGCAUUUACAGUUUCACCAGAAAAGAAGACACCAAACUCAUGCUCCAAUAAAGGUGGGAGUCAACAGGAAGUAGCUGUUGCUCAUUAUAACUGUCAAGAGAAGCAUAAUAUACCAGACUGCUGCAGAGGAUAUAUGGACAACACCGAAGGUGGGACUGGAAAAUCUUCGGUUAUGUGUGUGUUUCAUACACUAAUAGAAUUCUUAGUUGGCAUGAAAUUCUCUGUUGGCAUCCAAACAGAAGAGCUAUGUCUUUCAGUCAUUCAUGAAAAGAGCGGGUAUAGCUUCAGCCUUAUAUUGAUCAGACAUGAAAGUGGGCAAGGUGAUUUGAUGUAUCGUGUAUCUUCAUUGGGGACGUUGGAAAGGGUUGCUCUGGACUGGAUGAAGGAGGACGUGAUCUUCAGCAUGACCAUGUGCCCUGUCUUUUUCCAGAGAAUAUCACGAGUCGUCGGCCGCGGUUGACUCGGCGGUUCCUUUUGCUUCUAAAUAUGCAUCAGGUAAAGCUUGAGAGUGCGUAAAGCUCGAAAAGAUUGGUAUGCAAAGUGCAGUUUGGCAUGUGAUCCGAUAACUGCUCUUGUACUUUGCAUGAAUUCGAGACCUGUAUUAUUGGUAGUUAAUAUAUAUGGAAAUGUUAUAAUCAACAAAAGGUUUCCUAAA